AUGGCUGGUUCAGUCUAUGGUGACACAGAAGCUCAGAGCUCUUGCAAUCCAAGCAGCAAGCGCGGUGGCUGGAUCACUUUUCCCUUCUUGAUGGCUACGUUAUUUGGUCUUUCAGUAACUUCUUUCGGAUGGUUAAUGAACUUGAUCGUCUUCUUGAUCGAGGAAUUCAACAUUAAGAGCAUUGCUGCUGCUCAGAUUUCAAAUAUUGUCAAUGGAUGUACUAGCAUGUUGCCUGUUGUUGCAGCAGUAGUAGCUGAUUCUUUCUUUGGAAACAUUCCUGUAGUCUCAGUCUCGGCUUUCAUUUCUCUUCUUGGCAUAUGUCUCUUGACUCUUAUUACAUCUUUCGACUACUUGAGACCUAAACCGUGUGAAACAGGCUCAAUCCUAUGCCAGUCGCCUUCAACAAUCCAGCUCGGGUUCUUGUAUGCAGCCUUAGCUCUAGUGACUACUGGAACAGCUGGGACAAGGGUGACUUUGGCAUCUGUUGGUGCUAAUCAGUAUGAAAAACCUAAAGACAAAGGAAGCUUCUUCAACUGGUACUUCCUCACGCUAAAUGCAGGCGCCGUUAUUAGCGCGACAGCAAUUGUGUAUACACAGGACAAUGCUAGUUGGAAACUCGGGUUUGGUCUAUGUGCUGCUGCUAAUUUGAUCAGUUUCUUUGUUUUCUUCUCCGGGAAGAGAUACUACAAGCAUGACAAACCCAUGAAAAGCCCCUUCACAAGUCUGAUCCGCGUUGUAGUCGCUGCUACAUUAAGAAGAAAGGCUGUGAUUUCAUCCAAAGAGGAAGACUAUCAUCAAAAUGAGCUCAUAGAAGAGACCAAGAACUCUGCUCUAAUGCCCUCCAAGAGCUUCAGGUUCUUAAACCGGGCAGCGUUGAAGGCCCAAGGAGACUUAAAACCCAGUGGUGGCUCAUUUCUAUGUUCUGUUCAAGAAGUAGAAGAUUUCAAAGCCGUUCUUCGACUUAUUCCUCUGUGGCUAGCCAUCAUACUGGUUAGUACAUCCAUAGGGGUUCAAGCUAGCCUGAUGGUACUCCAAGGCCUAGUCACAGAUCGUGGGAUCGGGCCUCACUUUAAAGUCCCGGCUGGGUCUCUCCAAGUCAUAACAAUAAUCUCUGCAUGUAUCGUCAUCAUAAUAAACAACUGGCUUGUCUUUCCUAUGUACCAGAAGCUAACCCACAAACCGCUGACACCACUUCAAAAGGUUGGUAUAGGCCAAGUUUUCACCAUCCUAAGCAUGGCCAUCUCUGCGGUUGUGGAAGCAAAGAGGCUAAAAACAGUUGGAAAUGAGCAUCCCAUGUCUGUCCUAUGGCUAUUUCCUCCUCUUGUUAUAGUAGGCAUAGGUGAGGCCUUCCAAUUACCGGCGAAUAUUGAAUUAUUCUAUGGAGAAUUCCCCGAGUCUCUUAGGAACACCGCGACUUCAUUGACCUCGUUGGUGAUUGGUAUCUCUUUCUAUGUUAGCACAGCUCUUAUCGAUGUGAUCCAAAGAAACACCGCGUGGUUACCAGAUGACAUUAACCAUGGAAGAGUUGACAAUGUUUACUGGGUUCUAGUCAUUGGAGGAGUCUUGAACCUUGGCUAUUUCCUUGUGUGUUCUUGGGUUUACCAAUACAGAAACUUCCAAGAAUGA